GCAGCACCAACACUUUCCUUAUAGCUGUAAAAGGGUCCCCUUCUCUUUAAACAAAAACAAACCCUUUUUCUCUCUCAAUUUAUUCAAAAAAUGGUGGGCUUAAGUGUAGUUUUAGAGAAUCAAAGGAUCAACGAUAAUGAUAUAAUAAUCAAUGAAAAAUCUCCACAAGUUAUUAAUAAAGCAACCAUGUUUUGUUCAUCUUCAUCUUCCCCACUUCCUGCUUUUUUAGAGCAAUGCUUUCUUUGCAAAAGGAGAUUGUUACCUGGGAAAGAUAUUUAUAUGUACAAAGGGGAUAAGGGUUUUUGCAGUGUGGAGUGUAGGUGCAAGCAAAUUUUCAUGGAUGAAGAAGAGAGUUUAAAGAAAGAUAGUUGUUCUUUGGAUGCCAUUGUUAAACCUUCUUCAACUUCUGUAGCUUCAACUUCGUCUUCUUCCUCAGCCGCUCGUCACCACCGGAAACCUGAGAGAAACCGUGCCGGUGGCUUUGCUUAUUGACUCAAAAAAAGAAAAACGGUUUUUUAUUUUUAUUUUAUAUAAGUUAUUAUUAUUGAUUUUUGUUUAAGGUUUUUUAAGGAGUAUAUGAUCUAGCUGGUUCUUUUUAAUGACAAUCCGAUCGUUUUUGCUUCUUGGUUAGUGGGAUUUUGUGAUGGUUAGCGGAAUUUUGGUAUUUUUUUUAUGUUACAGAUUUGUGAAUGUUUUUCGAUAUCAUUUUUAAAACUGUAAUAUAUUUUAUCAUCUUUAAAUGUAACUUUGAUUGAGACGUUGGGAUAGUAAA